UCUGAACGUGGGACUAUUGCGAAAUUUGACGCGGUUUUGCAAAGCAGCGACGAGGUUAAAGGUGCUUCCGUUUCACUCCUCACAGGAACGAAGUGUCAGAGAUCCGUUUUUCGAUGGUUUAAUGUGCAUGAACUGGACAAAGGUGGUUCCCUGCUGGGACUUUUCCUGAGUGGAGCGAUAACACAAAUCACAAUGAGGCUGAUCCAUUGUUGCAGUGUUUUGCUGCUGCUCGUGCUCUUUCCCAGAGAAUGUCAAGGUGGCAACAUCUUGGUCCUGCCCAUCGAAGGCAGCCACUGGAUAAACAUGGAUAUUCUACUUCAAGCUUUGCACUCCAGGGGACACAAUAUAACUAUUGUUCGUUCUAGCAAAAGCUGGUACGUCAAGGAGGAAUCCCCUUAUUACAAUAUCCUUACAGUUCAGGUGGAGAGGAGCAUGGAUGAGAAGUUCAUUUCAGAAAUGAUAAACAGCACCCUGGAAUUUGAAAGAGGGGCCCUUCCGCUGGUGAAUUUCCUCCACCUCACUGUAGGAGUGUUCGACACGUUUAUUGAUGCUCACGCUAUUGUGGGUGAAUUACUAACAGCGAUGUUAGAUGACCAAGAGUUUAUGAGAACCAUAAAAGAGGGAAACUUUGACAUGGUGCUCACUGACCCCUGCUGGGGUCACGGUGUCAUUUUCGCCAAAUAUUUGAACCUUCCUUUGGUUUAUAAUGUUCGGUGGUUGUUAGCUGGAGAGGCUCAUCUCGCGAUCGCUCCUUCCCCCAUUUCAUACAUUCCCAUUACAGGAUCUGGAAACACUGAUAAAAUGAUCUUUUUUCAGAGAGUCAAGAACAUGAUUCUGCAUGUGAUCACCCAAACACAACAACAACUGCUGAUUAAGAUAAUAUACCAGAAGUUAUGUGACAAAUAUCUUGGGCCAGGUAAUGACUACAACCAUUUAGUGCUUAAUGCAGAUAUCUGGCUGAUGAGAGUGGACUUUGUGUUUGAGUUCCCUCGGCCCACCAUGCCUAAUGUUGUCUACAUGGGAGGCUUCCAGUGUAAACCUGCAGAACCUCUUCCUGAACACCUGGAGGAGUUUGUGCAGAGUUCUGCAGAGCACGGUGUCAUCAUCAUGUCUCUGGGGGCUUUUGUGAGCGAGCUUUCUGCUGAUAUAUCAAAUGAGAUGGCUGCAGCUUUCGCUAAAUUACCUCAGAAAGUCAUCUGGAGGCACAAAGGGGUCAGACCGGCCACUCUGGGGAACAACACCCUGCUUGUGGACUGGAUGCCACAGAAAGACCUUUUAGGACACCCCAAGAUAAAACUGUUUGUGGCUCACGGAGGAACCAACGGAGUUCAAGAAGCUAUUUAUCACGGAGUCCCAGUAGUAGGUCUGCCUCUGUUUUUCGACCAAUACGACAACCUUCUGCGCCUGCAAGAAAGAGGGGCGGCUAAGCUUUUGACGAUUACAACUGUGGACAAAGACAACAACUUCCUGAACGCCAUAGAGGAGGUGUUGAAGGAUCCCUCCUACAGGAUGAACAUGCAGAGGCUCUCCAGGCUGCACAGAGAUCAGCCCAUGAAGCCGCUGGAUACCGCCCUCUUCUGGAUAGAGUUUGUCAUGAGGCACAAAGGUGCAGCUCACCUGAGAACAGAGUCCUACAGGAUGCCCUGGUACUCCUACCACUCUGUGGAUGUGUUUUUGUUCUUGGCUGGAACUGGGCUGCUUGUGCUUCUAACUAUUUUCCUUUUAAUCAGGUGUUUAUGCACUGCAAUGUGUAAACGUAAGAUGAAACGUGACUGAUCCUACAAGGGAUAUACUGUAUGUUGUCUGUCUGUAAAUAAGGAUAUAAAACAUAUUUGAUUUACUCCCCCUUUAUGCAGCAUUUUAACAAUAGUGGCAUUAUUUUGUUUUGUGCACUUGCUCAAUCAUAUUUUAUAUAGGUAUAGGUAAGUAUUUGUACAAACUAAAAACGUUGUAACAAACACCACCAGUAGAAUUCUAGGAAAUUGUGUAAAUGUUUUAAAAGAUUGUGGAUUAUUUUGUAUGUUUUCCAGUUUAUGAAUGCUAAACUUUUUUUAAAGAUCUGCUUCAUCCCAUUUUACAUGCAUCAGAAGAUGUAUUCAGAAAAUGUAUUGUACUUUCCGAACUAGGCAGGGAUAUGUAUAUGCUCUAUAUAAUGCAUUUUGUAUGCAUGCAUCGAACUACUGGCAUUCAACAACACACUGAUGGGGGAAGGGUCUUGCUUUUUACACAAAUUUUACACUUUGUGUGUAGUAAACAAUGUAGUUAAACUGCUCAAUCAUUCAGUGUGUCAUGCAAAUGAUACUGU